CCUCUCCUGAAUCAGGAUGCAUGAGAUGUCUGUGCACGGCACAGUGUCCAACUCAGGCAGAGAAGGCACAUCAGCAGGGGUAUCCACUUAGGUGCACCUUGACCCGAGGGGCUUGACCCAGACCCAGCCCCUGUCUGGUGUGAGGAGCUCUGAGGGGCUAGUUUGGCCCUACAUAAACCAUGGUGGUUAUGCAAUGCACCAGACAUCAGAUCUAAGGUGAGACCAUUCUUUGUGGGGGGGGGGGGGGGUUGUUUGUUUUUUAGUUUAAAAAAAAAAACAAAAACAAAAACGUUAUCAUUUUGAGAGAGAGAUCAUGCAAGCUAAGCCAGAGCUAGAUGGAGGGCUCGAUCCCACAACCCUGGGAUCAUGACUGAACCACAAUCAGGAGUCAGACGCUCAACCGACUGAGCCACUGGGGUGCCCCCAGACACAGAUAUUUUUAAUGAUUUCCAAAAUUUAGUUAAUCUGAAUCUUCAUGACCCCUGAUUUCCCUGUGGAGCAAACAAAGUAAGUUUGGGGUGGGGUGGGGGUGACUGGCUGAUCAAACAAAGACAGGCAGACCCAGGCAGACUGUGGACAAAGACAACACUGAACAGUAGACCUUACCCUCCAACAAGAACUAGAACAGGGUUGGAGCUGGGGACACAGACCUAGAGAGUCAAGGGGACACAGGGCUAACAGGAAAGGACACAGGCCACUGUCAGGACACACAUCUAAGGCUAGGACCCUGCUGACGUGGCAGCCCUCCGCCCUGGCCCCUUGCUGCCCCCCGCCCCUCUCCCCCGCCUGCCAGCUGCCAACAGGGCUCUGCCCUGUGUCUGCCACACCUGUCACUGCCUGUCCUUGUCCAGGGGGGGCCCCAUCAGCCCCUCCUCAGCUGCCCAGCAGAGCAAGCAGUUAGUGGGGAGGGGAGGGAACAUGGAGCGGGGGCCGGUGGUGGGGGCAGGGCUGGGGGCCGGGGCCCGAAUCCGGGCACUGCUGGGCUGCCUGGUCAAGGUGCUGCUCUGGGUGGCCUCUGCCUUGCUGUACUUUGGAAGUGAACAGGCUGCCCGGCUCCUGGGCAGCCCCUGCUUACGGCGCCUCUACCAUGCCUGGUUGGCAGCAGUGGUCAUCUUUGGGCCCCUUCUGCAGUUCCAUGUCAACCCUCGGACUAUCUUCGCCAGCCACGGCAACUUCUUCAACAUAAAGUUUGUGAAUUCGGCAUGGGGCUGGACGUGCACCUUCCUGGGGGGCUUCGUGUUGCUGGUGGUGUUCCUGGCUACCCGGCGCGUGGCGGUGACUGCCCGGCACCUGAGCCGGCUGGUGGUGGGAGCCGCAGUGUGGCGGGGGGCCGGCAGGGCCUUCCUGCUCAUCGAGGACCUGACUGGUUCCUGCUUCGAGCCUCUGCCCCAGGGCCUGCUGCUGCACGAGCUUCCCGACCGCCGCAGCUGCCUGGCAGCCGGCCACCAGUGGCGGGGCUACACGGUCUCCUCCCACACCUUCCUGCUCACCUUCUGCUGUCUGCUCAUGGCUGAGGAAGCCGCUGUGUUCGCCAAGUACCUGGCCCAUGGGCUGCCAGCCGGUGCGCCCCUACGCCUAGUCUUCCUGCUCAACGUGCUGCUGCUGGGCCUCUGGAACUUCUUGCUGCUCUGUACCGUCAUCUAUUUCCACCAGUAUACUCACAAGGUGGUGGGUGCUGCAGUGGGGACCUUUGCCUGGUACCUCACCUAUGGCAGCUGGUAUCAUCAGCCCUGGUCUCCAGGGAGCCCAGGCCACGGGCUCUUCCCUCGGCCCCACUCCAGCCGCAAGCAUAACUGAAAGCAAUAAAGGCAAAUCAGGCCUA